CAGAGAUGGUGCCUGCUCAGGGGAGCCAGCCCUGCCUCUGCCCCACAGAGGGUUGCUCCUACAUCAAGGUCCUUGGGAGGCUCUCGUGUUCCUUUUCCCUUGCUGUGCGUUUUCCAGGAUCACGGUGACUCCAGGCCCACAAUGGACGCUCUACAACUGGCAAAUUCGGCUUUUGCAGUUGACCUGUUCAAACAACUGUGUGAAAAGGAGCCAGCGGGCAAUGUCCUCUUCUCUCCGAUCUGUCUCUCCACCUCUCUGUCACUUGCUCAAGUAGGCACCAAAGGUGACACAGCAAAUGAAAUUGGACAGGUCCUUCAUUUUGGAAACAUCAAAGAUGUACCCUUUGGAUUUCAAACAGUGACAUCGGAUGUAAACAAACUUAGUUCCUUUUACUCCCUGAAACUGAUCAAACGACUCUACGUAGACAAAUCUCUGAAUCCUUCUACAGAGUUCAUCAGCUCUACAAAGAGACCCUACGCGAAGGAAAUGGAAACCGUUGACUUCAAAGAUAAAUUGGAAGAGACGAAAAGUCAGAUCAACCAGUCCAUCAAGGACCUCACCGACGGCCGCUUUGAGAACAUUUUGUCUGACAGCAGUGUCAGUGAGCAGACCCAAAUCCUGGUGGUUAAUGCUGCCUACUUCGUUGGAAAGUGGAUGAAGAAAUUUCCUGAAUCCGAAACCAGAGAAUGCCCUUUCAGAAUCAACAAGACAGACACCAAACCAGUGCAGAUGAUGAAUAUGGACGCCACGUUCUGUAUGGGCAACAUUGAUGGUAUUAAUUGUAAGGUCAUAGAGCUUCCCUUUCAAAACAAACACCUCAGCCUGCUUAUUCUGCUCCCCAAGGAUGUGGAGGAUGAGUCCACGGGCCUGGAGAAGGUUGAACAACAACUCAACUCAGAGACGCUCUUGCAGUGGACUAAUCCCAGCACCAUGGCCAAUGCCAAAGUCAAACUCUCCAUUCCAAAAUUUAAGGUGGAAAAGAUUGUUGAUCCCAAAGCUAGUCUGGAAAAUCUAGGGCUGAAAAAUAUCUUUAAUGAGAAUACAUCCGAUUUCUCUGGAAUGUCAGAGACCAAGGGAGUGGCCCUCUCCAAUGUUGUUCACAGAGUGUGCUUAGAAAUAACUGAAGAUGGUGGGGAUUCCAUGGAGGUGCCAGGGUCACGAAUCCUACAACACAAGGAUGAAUUCAAUGCCGACCACCCAUUUAUUUACAUCGUCAGGCACAACAAAACGCGAAACAUCAUUUUCUUUGGCAAGUUCUGUUCCCCUUAAGUGGCAAAAGCCCAGGUUAAGUCCCACCUGACUUUUCUGUAAACUCUGCAUCCAAAGGAACACUUUCUAAAUACAAUAAAUUGUUAAUAUUGCUGGAUCUGGAAGCUGCUGGUACUUGACCUGUGUAGCCCUCAUACCAAUAGACCCUUCUUUUCCAAUUCUUUGUUUUGUUCUCCCUUCACCUCCUCCCCAUAAGACACAAUGCUUUUAAUGAAAAGGAGUUACUCUGGAGGAAAUAUAUGUAUUCAUUAUGUGUCAAAUUAUCUCAGGUUGUUGGCAGGAAUACAGUCUUUCACAAAGAAAAUCCCCGGAAGGGGGAUCUGGAAGAUUUUAGAGCUUUACCUUCCUUCACUGGGAUCAGAAUUCUGGGAACACCAGAAUGUUCCAGACAUUCUUACUUCCCCGAAAGACUAAAGAAACUGGUACACAGGAUCCACAAAACUUUCCUAGCCCCGCUGGAACUUGGGCACACGUUCAGGCUACUGUCGGUCCACAGCUCCUUAUGCUAAACGGUGGUACCGGUGUUUUCCUCAAACUCUGACUUUUUGGGAUUUUAGAAAGCUAACCUGUUGCACAUACUAUGUGUUUCGGAACUCCACUGAUAAGAGUCUGGGACAGCACCUUAUAAAUCAACACCUUAAUAUUUCUGCCACAACCCAUACAUAUUCACACAAGCUGGAUAGACAGACUCUGAGCAGCCCGUAAGUACCAGGUUUUGCCACCAAAUGAGUGUGCCAGCAGCUUAUGAACAGACUGUGUUUUCAGAACUUUUGGAAACUUUGGAGUGUUGGGGAAGGGAUGGCAGACCUAUAGCAGCUGAAGCGCAGCACCUUGGGGGAGGCAGGAUUUUACUAAAAGCCCACUUUCACUUUAAGCAGGACACCCACCCAGUCACUUGGUUGGUGGUUAGACCAGUGACUGGCAGUGAACGCUGAGUCGGAAAGGUCUUGGGUGUCUCACAACCGGGGACCUCAAACCCGAGGGGACUUUUAAGGGAGCCAAUGAGAGAGUAAGGAACUUUUCCGUUUGUCCGAUGUGAUAGUGGGAAGGGGAAAGGAGUUAAUGCCUUUGGGAAACCUUUGGGAAACAGAACUAAAGCAACCCAGUGCUCUCAUUGCCAUGACAUGCACGUUUCCAGACUGUGGCUUUAGUUACUGUGGAUGGCUAGUCAGUAACUUCCAUGAACGUAAUUUGGGAAGGUGGCCUGUCCAGUAAUCUCUGCUGCAAAUACACGGAUUAAUUCACUGGCAAGGAGAGCGCAUUUACUGAAGGUUUCAUGAUAUUCCUUUGCUCAUCUCUUCUCUGGCAUUCGUUGUAAAUAUGUUCAACUUUCUUCUUGCUCCGAAGGUUCAAUAUUGAAUUUCUUGGAUGCUAUGGACAAUAAAAUAUUAUGGAACUGCG